GCUUAGUAACAUUUUGUGUAGACACCAUGAAGCUUCCCUCUCUGUUCUUCUUUCUUGUUUUACUAGGAGCUGUGUAUGCCAAACCAAAGCACAAAGAAAAGUUGAAACAGAAAUCUGGAUUAGUUCUGACAGAGAGUGGGCAACUGUGCCAUUUCCCUUUUCACCAUGCACGCAUGCUGCACCACACUUGUAUUAAAAAAGGAAAGCAUGGACCCAGGCUAUGGUGCUCCCUCACAAAGAAUUAUGAUAAAGACAAGCUUUGGUCCUACUGUGUGGAGGGUGAUAAAGUGACAGAUCAUUGUGAAAACCAACCAUGUGAGCCAAGAGGUGUAUGUGAAAGCACUUUAAAGGGUUAUAACUGUAUAUGCAAUAAGCCAUACACAGGCAAGGAUUGCAAGAAAGACAAGUGCUUUGAUGAAAAUCUGCAACAGUAUUUUGAACCCAAGGAAAAAUGGCUACGGUAUACACGACCCACUUUGGAAGAAUGUACCUGCCAUGAGAAAGGAAAAGUGUGUAAAACAACGACUGGGAAAUAUUGUGAUCACAAUCCAUGUUUCAAUGGUGGACAUUGUAUCAAACACAAAGAAAACAGGAUCUGUGGCUGUACCAAGGGAUUUUCAGGAGAGCAUUGUGAAAUAAAUAUGAAAGAAACUUGCUACCAUGGCAAUGGCACCAGCUACAGGGGUACAGCAAAUGUCACUGUAACAGGAGCAGCCUGUUUAAACUGGGAGUCCGACAUCAUACAACAUGAAGUUUCAUGGUAUAGUGGAAAGCAUGCACAGAGACAUGGCCUAGGAUAUCAUUCAUACUGCAGGAAUCCAGAUGGAGAUACACAACCCUGGUGUUUCACAAUGAAGAAUGAAAGCGUGACCUGGGAACAUUGCCUUAUUCCACAAUGCCAGCAGAUAUCAGCUACUAAUUCACCUCCUCAAACCCAUGAUCCCAAGCCUACAACACAGUUUGUGCCAACUGUCACUACCCCUGAUAGUCCUGCCACUACAGAAGUUCAUAAGGAUCCAACAAGGGACAUACCUGCAGACUGUGGAUUAACAUUUCGGAAAAGUCCAUCUAUGACGCCACGUAUUGUAGGUGGAUUGGUUGCACUCCCGGCAUCUCACCCUUAUAUGGCAGCUUUGUAUAUCGGGGAUAGCUUUUGUGGUGGGACUGUCAUCUCCUCCUGCUGGGUGUUAACCGCAGCUCACUGUUUAGAUCGUAGACCAAGUGUGAAGGUGAUCACAGUGGUGCUAGGACAAAGUCUGUUUAACACUUCAGAUCAGCGGACUGUCAUGUUCCCUGUACAGAAAUACAUUCUUCAUGAAGCUUAUUCUGAGAAAACAUUCCAGCAUGAUAUAGCUUUAGUGAAAUUACAGGAUAUAAAAGGUACCUGUGCUCGGUUUUCACAUUUUGUGCAGCCUGCCUGUUUACGACCAACCAACAAAAGUACUACAAGUGCACAACAUUGUGAAGUGAUUGGUUGGGGCCGUCAGUACCAGGGAGCAGAUCAUUACGCAUAUUUUCUGCAGGAGGCACAUGUGCCAAUCAUCCCUAAUUCAGAAUGUCAGUCUCCCAUUGUCCAUGGUAAUAAUAUUUUACCUGGAAUGAUGUGUGCCGGCUUCUUAGAAGGGAAUGUUGACGCAUGCCAGGGGGAUUCAGGAGGACCUCUGGUAUGUGAAAUAGAUUCUAGAGUAAAUGUAUUUGGCAUUGUAAGCUGGGGAUCUGGCUGUGCGAAGGAGAAUAAACCCGGAGUAUAUACCGAUGUAUCCAGGUACAUAAACUGGAUCUUAGCCAACAUCAGCUGACGGGCAUCUUAUGUGCAGAAAUCAGGAAAAAUUGCAGGGUGCUUCUUUCACAUCAUUUGUAUUCUGUUAAUUUGCUGUGUCCAAAAUUAGAAAUCUUACAAGAAACGUUUUGCGCUUUAAGAUGUGUUAUCUAAUAAACAAGGUGUGCAGUA